GUGGACGUCUUUUCUUUACCAUCAGCGCUCCAGGCAACAGCGCGAACGGAAACCACCAUGGGUGAUAUCAACGCUAUCGCAAAGCAAUUCACAGAUUUCUAUUAUACGACUUUCGACACAGAUCGUUCUAGUCUUGGAUCGCUCUACCGUGAAGCAUCGAUGCUCUCAUGGGAAGGACAGCCAGUCCAAAGCUCGGCCAAAAUUGUAGAGAAGCUUAUAACGCUUCCGUUCGCGAAAGUUCAACAUAAAGUCCUUACCAUCGAUGCUCAACCCUCUUCACCGACUGUCGCGAGCUUGAUAUGUAGCGUUACUGGACUUCUACUGGUCGAUGAUAGCCCGAACCCUCUACAAUUCAGCCAGAUCUUCCACCUUAUACCUGAUGGUCAAAGCUACUACGUAUACAAUGAUAUUUUCCGCCUCAAUUACGGCGCUUAAGCUUGUAAAGACCAGAGAGCCUACGAAGAGCGAGCGUGAUCUUUAUUUCUGUUGUACAUCCAAGUUUUAGAAGAAGAGAAGUAAUCAACUCGUACUUUGAUUUU